CGGCACGAGGCAGGCAGCGCGUAGUGCGAGGGAGUGUGUGAGCUCCUCGAUCGCCGGAGCACGCGCGGCGCCUGUCGGAUCGGACGCGGAGAGAGGGCGGCCAUGGAGGCGGUGGAGGCCGUGGUGGCGGCCGGCGUGGAGCCGUUCCCGACGGUGGACAAGUGCGACGCGUCGGGGCGCGGGUCGCACGCCGUGGCCGCGGACCUGGACGGCACGCUGCUCCGCUCCCGCAGCACGUUCCCGUACUACGCGCUGGUGGCGUUCGAGGCCGGCGGCGUGCCGCGCCUCCUGCUGCUGUUGCUCCUGUCCCCGCUGGCCGCGGCGCUGCGCGUGGUGGUGUCGGAGGCGGCGUGCGCGCGGGUGCUGGUGUUCGCGGCCACGGCGGGGGCCCGGGUGCGCGACAUCGAGUCCGCGGCGCGCGCCGUGCUGCCCCGGUUCUACGCCGCCGACGUGCACCCGGGCGCGUGGCGCGUCUUCUCGGCGUGCGCCCGGCGCCGCGUGGUGCUCACGUCCACGCCCCGGGUCAUGGCCGAGCCGUUCCUCAGGGAGUGCCUCGGCGCCGACGCCGUCGCGGGCACCGAGCUCGCCACGUGGCGCGGCCGCGCCACGGGCUUGGUGGACGCGCGCCGGGGCGUCCUCGUGGGCCGCCGCAAGGCCGAGGCGCUGCGGGAGAUCUUCGCCGCCGACGGCGACGCGCCCGACGUCGGCCUCGGGGACAGCCGCUCCGACUACGCCUUCAUGAGCAUGUGCAAGGAGGCGUACAUCGUACCGCGGGCGCCGGUGGAGCCCCUGCCCAUGGACCAGCUCCCUCGCCCCGUCAUCUUCCACGACGGCCGCCUGGUGCGCCGCCCGACGCCUCUGGUGGCGCUGCUCGUUGCGCUCUGGUUCCCCGCCGGCUUCGCGCUCGCCUGCCUCCGCAUCGCCGCGGGCGCGCUGUUGCCCAUGCCGCUGGUGUACUACGCGUUCUGGGCGCUGGGCGUGCGCGUGCUGGUCCGCGGCGCGCCGCCGCCGCCGCGCGCCGAGCGCGCCGCGGGGCGGCGGGGCGUGCUGUUCGCGUGCUCGCACCGUACGCUGCUGGACCCGAUCUUCCUGUCGGCGGCGCUGGGGCGGCCAGUGGCGGCGGUGACCUACUCGCUGUCGCGGCUGUCCGAGUUCCUGUCGCCGAUCCGGACGGUGCGGCUGACGCGGGACCGCGCGUCGGACGAGGCCAUGAUCCGGGAGCUGCUGGCGGAGGGCGACCUGGUGAUCUGCCCCGAGGGGACAACGUGCCGGGAGCCCUUCCUGCUGCGAUUCUCGGCGCUGUUCGCGGAGCUCACGGACGAGGUGGUGCCGGUGGCGAUGGAGAACCGGAUGAGCAUGUUCCACGGCACGACGGCGAGGGGGUGGAAGGGGAUGGACCCAUUCUACUUCUUCAUGAACCCGAGCCCGGCCUACGUGGUCACCUUCCUCAGCAAGCUCCCGACGGAGCUCACCUGCGCCGGCGGCAAGACCAGCCACGAGGUGGCCAACUACAUCCAGAGGCUCAUCGCCGCCACGCUGUCCUACGAGUGCACCAGCCUCACCAGGAAGGACAAGUACCGGGCGCUCGCGGGCAACGACGGCGUGGUGGCACCCAAAAGCUAGCUAGUAGUGUCUGCUAGAUUAAUCUUUAAAAAAAUGAAGAUUAUUGGAUUGUAUGGUUGUGAUGUGUCUUUGCUUGUGAAGUAUUUGUGAUGAUGCAUGGCAAUGGGCAGUGAUUUUUCUCUUUGGUGUU